UAACCUCCGAUCACUUUACACAGAGAGAGAGACUAGAGAAGAAGACAUGAACCAGCAAAACAUAACACUGGUUGAAGCGGCGGUAACGGUCCUGAACACUGCAGACCCAUUUGAGAAGGCGAGGCUAGGUCAAACUUUUGCUUCUCAAUGGCUUGAGGGCACCAUUUCUCAGCCCUACACUCCCUCCAUGGACCUCACUGUACCUGAUCGCCCAGCCAGACUCGCCAAUGUGAAGGUGGUCGCGCCGGGUUCAAUGCCGAAGCUGGGUAAAGGUGGGAGCUUGCAGAGUAGACAGGCCAUUGUUCAUAGCCUUGUUCAUAUUGAAAGCUGGGCUGUUGACUUGUCUUGGGACAUUAUUGCUCGCUUUGGGAAGCAAGAAGCAAUGCCAAGAGAAUUCUUUACAGAUUUUGUGAAAGUUGCUCAAGAUGAAGGCAGACACUUCACACUUCUUGCAAAACGGCUCGAGGAACUAGGUUCUUCUUAUGGAUCAUUACCAGGUCAUGAUGGGCUAUGGGACUCGGCCAUCACCACAUCUAACGACCUACUGGCACGUUUGGCAAUAGAGCAUUGUGUUCACGAGGCCAGGGGACUGGAUGUCAUGCCAACUACCAUAUCUCGAUUCCGCAAUGGCGGUGACAGUGAAACUGCUGAUUUACUGGAGAGAGUGGUGUAUCCUGAAGAGGUUACUCACUGUGCUGCCGGGAUCAAGUGGUUCAAGUAUCUAUGCUUGAGGUUGAGACAUCCGGGUAUUAAUUCCAGCUCGGCGAUUGAAGAAAGUAGAGUCGGACAAAGUGAAAUUACAUUGGAGGAGAAUGAAGAGAUUAUUCAGAAAUUCCACGAUACAGUAAGAAAAUACUUUAGAGGACCAUUAAAGCCGCCCUUUAACGAGGAAGCAAGAGAGGCGGCUGGAUUUGGUCGUCAAUGGUAUGAACCACUCGCUGUCAAAGAGAUUAAUGCAGGAUGCCAAUGAGUUUCAGAAUUCAAAGUCAUUUCGUUACCAUUUUUCAUACUUAGCUAUGUAAAAUUACUCCAAUGUUCAAGGCUCUCUCGUAUGAACUAUAGGCAGUAAAGUUUGUAUUUUCUGCUUAAUCAUUGGUUGUAGUGUUGUAUUUUUAAUGGUUAAAAAACUGAAUAAAAAAGUUAAUUAUGUUUCAUCAAA